AUGGGCGAGUACUCGAAAUCACUUUCAUCGUACGAACGAUCACUUGAAAUCCGGAAAAUAGCUCUCCCUCCGAAUCAUCCCGACUUGGCUAUUUCCUACAGCAACAUCGGUUUGAUAUAUGAUAACAUGGGCGAGUACUCAAAGGCACUUUCAUCAUACGAACGAUCACUUGAAAUCCGAAAAAUAGCUCUCCCUCCGAAUCAUCCCGACUUGGCUACUUCCUACAACAACAUCGGUAUUAUGUAUAAAAACAAGGGCGAGUACUCCAAAGCACUUUUAUCGUAUGAGCGAUCACUUGAAAUCCGAAAAAUAGUUCUCCCUCCCAAUCACCCCGACUUGGCUGCUUCCUACAACAACAUUGGUAUCGUGUAUAAUAGCAUGGGAGAGUACUCGAAAGCACUUUCAUUGUACGAGCGAUCACUUGAAAUAAAGAAAAUAGCCCUCACUGAGAAUCAUCUCGACUUAGCUCCUUCCUACAACAACAUCGGUGUGGUGUAUCAAAACAUGGGCGAAUACUCGAAAGCACUUUCAUCGUACGAACGGUCACUUGAAAUAAAGAAAAUAGCUCUCCCUUCGAAUCAUCCCGUCUUGGCUACUUCCUACAACAACAUCGGUAUGGUGUAUGAUAACAUGGGCGAGUACUCAAAGGCACUUUCAUCAUACGAACGAUCACUUGAAAUCCGAAAAAUAGCUCUCCCUCCGAAUCAUCCCUACUUGGCUACUUCCUACAACAACAUCAGUAUUAUGUAUAAAAACAAGGGCGAGUACUCCAAAGCACUUUUAUCGUACGAACGAUCACUUGAAAUCCGAAAAAUAGUUCUCCCUCCCAAUCAUCCCGACUUGGCUGCUUCCUACAACAACAUUGGUAUCGUGUAUAAUAGCAUGGGUGUGUAUUCGAAAUCACUUUCAUCGUACGAACGAUCACUUGAAAUUCGAAAAAUAGCUCUCCCUCCGAAUCAUCCCGACUUGGCUACUUCAUACAACAACAUCGGUAUUGUGUACAAAAAUAUGGGCGAGUACUCCAAAGCACUUUCAUCGUACGAACGAUCACUUGAAAUCCGAAAAAUAGUUCUCCCUCCGAAUCAUCCCGACUUGGCUGCUUCCUACAACAACAUUGGUAUCGUGUAUGAUAGCAUGGGUGUGUAUUCGAAAUCACUUUCAUCGUACGAACGAUCACUUGAAAUCCAGAAAAUAGCUCUCCCUCCGAAUCAUCCCGACUUGGCUGCUUCCUACAACAACAUCGGUACGGUGCAUAAUAGCAUGGGCGAAUACUCGAAAGCACUCUCAUAUUACGAAAAAGAUCUCGAGAUCAGCCUGAAAGCUCUCCCUCCGAAUCAUCCGUCGUUGGCUGCUUCCUACAACAACAUCGGUGCGGUGUAUGAUAAUAUGGAAGAAUACUCGAAGGCACUUUCAUCAUACGAACGAUCACUUGAAAUUCAAAAAGUAGCUCUCCCUCCGAAUCAUCCCGACUUGGCUACUUCCUACAACAAUAUCGGCAUUGUGUAUAAAAACAUGGGCGAGUACUCGCAAGCAUUUCGAUAUUACAAAGAAGCCGAAGAGAUAUGGAAAAAAUCACUGCCAUCAAAUCAUCCGCAUAUUGCACUUGUGAAAAGUAACAUUGAGAUUGUGAAAAACAAAAUGUAG